AUGAUUCUCAACACGCUCUUUUUCACUGCGGCAAUAGCCUCGCAGGCGCUUGCCUAUCCCACUGCCCCUGGCGAGCCGGUUCGGGACUUGAAUGCCCCAGACUGGAGUAUGCUGCACUUCCGCCGCGCAUGUGCCGAGGAUCAGAGCAGCUGCAACUACAGCUUCGCGAUAACCGAGUUCGCUUCCAAGGAAUCCAAGCACUGCAAUUUCACGAUUAAGGCCGAUGGUCGUCCUGCAUACCAGACCGGCUUCUCCCUUGCCAAGUGCCCCGAGGCAGCAGAGUAUAGCAUCAACGGCGGCUGGAACGAUCUCGGGUUCGUGACGUUGUCUGUCAUCAACGUCGAAAAGAGCCUGAUUUCAUGGUUCUCGUACAAGGACGAGAUCCUCACAAAUGGCGUCGAGGUCGGACCGCAGCAGUCUAAGGUGUACUUCCACCCAAUUGCCGUCCCCACUGAGGGCGAGGUUGUAGCAAGAGAUAGUCACGACGACCUUGCCGGUGCUUCGGAAUGGCAGCUUGUCAAUGUUGUAAGAUACCUGGUUAAAUCCGGAACCCCUCAGGAAACGGCGGUCCUUUCCUUCUCGAUCGAAAAAGGAAACGCGCCAAGCGAGUAUUGUCUCCUCAUGAUUCCGGUCGUCCAGCAAGAUGGCACUUCCACGAGAAGCUUCUACGGCCGCGAGUGUCAAGAUGGUGCCAAGGGCUGGACAGUCUCUUGGGGACAGAACGAUGAGACCGAUGAAGUCGUAAUGACACUGGUCAACCAAGACCAACACAAGCACGCUUUCUUCGGCUUCAACAAUGUCAGCAAGGGGGUUCUCCUUGGAAAUAAUGGACCCAGCCCCACGAAGGACUUGCCGCGGUUUGUUUAG